AUGGGGAAUACAUCGUCUAACCGAAUUCUGCACGAAGAUUUACUUGCUACCUACAUCGAUUUAUCCUACCUGAGGAAAAGUGAAAUAUUGUACAUUGUGCAACGUCUCGAUGAUAUCGAUCCAGGAAAACUAAACAAAAAUCUUCAACACCGUUUCCCUGUAGAACAGAUAGAAACAAUAUUACCACAUGUUCAAUGUAGCCCAUUCAGUGAUUCAAUAUAUCGAGUCUUCUCUUCAAAAAAAGACAACCAUCUAAGCCUUGAAGAUGUCCUGGAUUUAUGCUCAGCUUUCUCCGAUAAUGCCCCGGAUGACGUUCGGGCGGCUUGGGCAUUUUACAUUUUUGACUUGGACGGCGACAAUCAAAUCUCACUCAACGAUUUGAUGGGAGCCGUGGAGAGAUUGACAGGGAACGAUCAGGAUGGUCAUCAAGGGUUUGACACGCAGCAGACAGAACAUGUCGCACGAAUGGUGCUUCAAGAAAUGAUCUUCAAUCAGAUGGGAAGCAUUUCACAGGAAGAAUUUAUACGCUUCGUUUUAAGGAUUCCAGAGUUUUUCUCCUCAUUUCGCUUUAGAAUCUAA